AUGCCCAAGGCCAAGGGUCAACGCUCUGUGAGCGCCCGGAAGAACCCUAUCUCAAGUCGAUCUUCUCGACGUGGCCAGCAGCCUUCAAACGCUGCUCCUAAGAAGGAACGGGUUGACGAAUCCGAAAGUGAUGACGAAGAAAGCGCUCAUGAUUCUGAGGAUGAGCAGUCAACUACUGGAAACGUACCCUCCGAUGAAUCUCACAAUGACUCUGCCGAUGGCGAGAGCAACGCUCUUGUGCCCGCCUUAGAGAGCAUGGCUUUGACCAUGCCUCAGCAGCCAGCACCACCCGGUUGGACCUACCAACUCGUGCCUAUAACUUAUCAAGGUGAGACCGCUGGUCAGGCCGCCUUCCGACUUUACGGUAAAGACCUCAACAUUGACAGCGCUCUCACCAAGAGACUGUAUGAUGAACUUUCACUGCGUGCUGUCAACCAACGUCACCGAAAAACCAAGCUCAACAUGACACGACGUAGCAACGCUGAAGCGCUCCUCGCUCAUAUUACCGGCGUACAAGUUCAGCACCCUUGCAAGAACUGCUCAGCUGCUGACGGACCUUGGCAAGAGUGUGUUAUCUACGAUGGGGAGAUGUGCGGUAGCUGCACCAACUGUUGGUACAACGCCAGCGGCUCUCGCUGCACUUUCCACGAUAACAACCAAACCUGCUUUUUUCUUCCAGCUCCUUACCCCAUGGUCCAACCUGGGGGAAUGCCUGCGCUGCCCAUGGGUGCGUCUCCUAUGCACACUGCCUCUGGCCAGUACUACUUGGGUUACAACAACCCACAGUCUCAGCACUACUCGGCCUACAGCAACGAGCAGUCACCUGCUCAGCAAGACACUCCCCUCGACCGCCUGCAGCGUAUCGGUGCCAUUGCGAGUGGUAUUUCCUCGAAUCCUAUGGAUAGACUCAUCGGCCGAGUCGAAGGUGCUGCCAUCGAGCUUGGCAACCGUAUUGGGGAAUUCCAAGAAUUCAUCCGAACCCCUCAGGGACAACUCAUGAUGGGUCAGCGUACGACUCAGGUUGCCACCCCUGCCCUUUCGACUGUCGAAGAGCUUCCUUCCGACUAUGAGAACUAA